AUGGAAACAACAUUAUUACAACAUCCAGCAUCACGUACGAUUGUUGCAUUAAUUGGCAUUACAGGAAUUCUUUGUAAUGGACUUGUUCUUUUGGUCUACUUCCGGCGAAGAAAGUCUUCCCAAAGAACUUCAUUUGAUAUAUUCAUCAUCAAUUUAGCCGUUGCAGAUUUCCUUGCCGGAAUAUUCAUUUUCUCCAGCAGGUUUUUUUUCCAACCUCAGAUUCCAGAAAACUACACAAGCGCAAUGACUUAUUGUUAUUUAUUAUGGGGGGCAUAUCUCCUACACGGUUUGAUGUAUGUGUCCAUUUACGCCUGUUUGGCCUUGACAAUUGAACGUUGGCUGGCAAUAAUGAGGCCUCAUUUCUACUGGAGAGUGAAACCUAAACACGCCAUGGUUGCUAUGAUUUUUGUUUGGGUCUGGGCAUUUCUUAUUAACGCUACUAUGUUCUUCAGCAUCGAUGCGAACUUCGAUAAAAGAUCUUGUUAUUGGGUGGAGCCCAAAAUAGAGAGAGCUUUUGUGGCAUUUAUUGAUAUCAGCAUGCUUGGUUUCCUGCCUUUCAUAAUCAUUAUUCUUCUCUACUGCCAAGUUUACAACAGAAUUCGCCAAGUGAGGAAUUUUAGGGGACCUAAAGAAUAUUUAAGAAAAAGAAGAACAAUCAUUGCUUUGAUUGCUUCGGUGUUCCUAACUGUUGCGUGGCUGCCCACUAUAAUCUAUUUCAAUGCAGCGAAAGAGAAACAUCUUGAUGGAAAUCUUCAUUCGGUCUUGAACAUUUUAUCGCUAAGCACUAUCAUUGUUAAUCCAAUACUCUAUGGAAUUUACAGCUCUAAGUUUAGGAAUGAGUAUAAACAAGUGUUUACUGAUGUAUUCCGUAAACUCUUGGAAUGUGUGGGUGCAUGUAAAGAGCAGGUUGAUGCUGCAUAAGCAGCGAACUACAGACAUUUUGAUCAUUUAAAAUGGUAUUAAGUAAAUAGUAUAACUAGAAAUAACAAAACA